GCCGCCCGGGGGUGCCGCCGCCGCCGCCGAGAGGUGCCGAGACAUGGGAGAACAGCCCAUCUUCACCACCAGAGCCCAUGUCUUCCAAAUUGACCCCAGCACGAAGAAGAACUGGGUCCCCGCAAGCAAGCAGGCUGUAACUGUUUCCUACUUCUAUGACAGCACGAGAAACAGCUAUCGGAUUAUCAGUGUGGAUGGAGCCAAGGUGAUCAUAAACAGCACCAUCACCCCCAACAUGACCUUCACUAAAACAUCGCAGAAGUUCGGGCAGUGGGCAGACAGCAGAGCCAACACUGUGUUCGGGCUGGGCUUCCCCUCCGAGCAGCAGCUGACCAAGUUUGCAGAGAAGUUCCAAGAAGUAAAAGAAGCUGCCAAACUUGCAAGAGACAGAUCUCAAGAGAAAAUUGAGACCUCAAGCAAUCAUUCACAGACCAGCAUUGCAGCCAAGAUGAAAAGGGAGAUGCAGGAGACACCCAGUGUUCGUUUGUGUGUUGUGCUGCAGGAGUCUGGACGUGAAACACCAUCUUCCACUCGAGCUUCAAGUGUGAAUGGCACAGACGACGAGAAGGCAUCACAUGGUGGCUCUGCUGAGGCACAUCUCAAAUCUGAGAAUGAUAAAUUAAAAAUUGCUCUAGCCCAAAGUUCAUCCAAUGUGAAGAAGUGGGAGACGGAGCUGCAGUCGCUGCGGGAGAGCAACGCGCGGUUGUCCACAGCGCUGCAGGAGUCGGCGGCCAGCAUCGAGCACUGGAAGAAGCAGUUCUCAGCCUGCAAGGAGGAGAACGACCAGCUGAGGGGCAAGAUUGAAGAACUGGAGGAACAGUGCAAUGAAAUAAAUAAAGAGAAGGAAAGAAAUGCACAGUUGAGUAGACGUCUCCAGGAACUGGAAACAGAACUUCAGGACAAAGAGCUGGAACUGGAAGAGCUUCGAAAGCAGGGUGAAAUUAUACCAGAGCUAAUGUCAGAAUGUGAAUCUGUAUCUGAACAAUUGCAGGCUGCUGAGAAAAAGAACAAGGAUCUUGAAGAGAAAGUCAGAACGCUAAGGACAGAAGUUGAAGAGAACAAACAUAGGCAGACCAACCUUAAAACUGAAUUAAAGAAUUUUUUAGAUGUACUAGACGGGAAGAUAGAUGAAUUACAUGAUUUCCGACAAGGACUGUCUAAACUUGGGGUUGACAAUUAGAUGGCAAUAGAUCUUUUUUGUAAUCUAGGGUCUGGAUGUUUGAUGUUUUGUUGAUCCCAAAUGUGUGUUUUACAAAAUAUAACUAGAAUGUUCCACUUGUUUGCAUUGGUUUUGUACAUAGAGGCUGAAAAUUUGCUGUGGGUUUUUGGUUUGUUUUUUUUUGGUGGGUUUAUUUUAUUUUGUUUGUUUAUUUACCAAACCAAUCGUGCUGCUCACUGAAUUCUGUUGAGAUUAGAAACUUUCUAUAUUGCUGCUCUGGCUUUGUGGGGUUGGGAACAGGUAGAGGGUUCUGUCUCAGGAAUCUGGAACUAGACCUACCUUAAAAUGAAUAUGCAGUUAGUUGUUGCAGGGAAAUUUAUAUCUUUCUUAAGGGCUGUUGCAACCAUAGAAACAGAAAAGAAGUCUUUUUCUUGUCCAGACUAUCAGCACUCUUAGCAGGAUUGACUUUAUUCUGUGGUGGAGCAGAGAGAUUAGCUGGAGCCCCUGCAGUUUGUAAAGUGUGCCUGUGAUGAGCUGCAGCCAGGAAAAUCACUUCUCACAGAUACCAGUAUCUUUAGGACCAUGUCAAUCAGGCCUGGUUCACCAAAAAAAAAAUUGCAGUGGAUUUCAGAUAACCUCUGAUAGAGGUUCCAUGCGCUUGCCUGGAUCCAUACAGAACAGUCAACAAUGCAGGAAUGAGUUUCAACUCUUGAAGUCAAGUGUCUUACCAGUCAGUGAGGACAGCUUCUCUUGCUUAGCAGCAUCACCUCUCUCUGGCCUUCAAUUUUGAACCCAUAUAGUUCCAUCAUUAUGUGCAUCUCUGAAAAAUGCCCACCUG